AUGACAAAAACCAGUUAUGAGCAGAAGAGGGAUGAGAAUGUAAAGCAUGUUCAGGAAGUUUUUAAGUCUUUCGGUAUUCCAAUCUUAGCUCAGUCUAUUAGAGAAGUUAUAUCAAAAAAGGAAAAGGGCAGGGGGAAUUCAGAAUCUGACAUUGAAUAUGACCCCUCCUCUGAUGUUGAUAAACAAUCUGACACUGAUGAUGACUAUGACGAUGACCUCAAUAAUGAGGUCAAUACCGAGGUAGGAGCGAUGGUUCCAGGAACUCGCCCUCAGAAGAAGCAAAAGGCAGCAAUAAUGGCGGCUGCCAACCAGCAAGAACUGCGGACGCCAAUAAAACUCACUAGGCAAAGUGCAGCCAUGCCUUCGCCUGGAGGCCGUCCACCACCUAGGAUAAGAAAUCCCUUGCCUCCUAAGAACACUUCCAAAGCCAACCCUAAACCUAUUGCCAUCUCUAGUGCCAGCCAACUGCAAGGCCACCUCACACCAAACACCAGCAACACCACAGAGACUACUAGCACAGUGCCUAGUAAUCCAACUAAGACCACAAACAGUCCAGCCAUGUCUGCGCCACUUCAAAAAACAGUGCCUAGUCCUCUUAGAUUCACCAGUCUAGCCAUGUCUUCGCCUGGUGCUAACCCUGAGCAUACUAGGACCAGUCCAACCAUGUCUAUGCCUGCUGCAAAGCCAAUGCCUAGUCCUCCUAGAUUCACCAGGCAAAGUGCAGCCAUGUCUUCGCCUGGUGCUAACCCUAAGCAUACUCCUAGACCCACUAUUACCAUGUCUCAGUCGAGGCAAAUGACUCCCGCAACUAGUAUUAACCAGCCAAUCCCUACAGACACCUCGCCAGGUGGCCAGAGCUCUAGGCAAAGCAAUGACAUCAAUGAGUCAGCUGAGCAAUUUGAUGCUGCUAAUUCAGAGGGUAAUACAUGUGAAGGAGAACCAAGUGAUGACUUAGUUCCAGGGAAGAAAAGACCUGAUGUACCACUUCAGGCAGCGAAACUGGCAUCAGAAACUGGUGUUGCCCUGAGAGACAACCUGUCUAUCUUAACAUUUUGGAAGCUAUAUCAAAAAGAUGUGGGACCGGCACAAAUAACAAAAGUGCUUGAGAAAGUGGCGUCAAGGUUGGAUGUGGAUAUUAAGAACGAGGGACCAAGCAAAGCUGCAUGCACUGAUAUCAUCAAGAAGGGAGUAAGGCAGCAGAGGUAUCACCUGAAAACGAAGUACUUCGACCCUACACUCACAAUGGAACAGCUCUUGGCCAAACAGCCUCCACCAAAGAUGAAGAAAGAGGAGUGGGUAAAGCUGGUAGAGUACUGGUGUGACCCAAAGAAUAAGGAAAAAUCUGCUAAGAAUAAAGUUAACCGAGGCCAAGUGCAGCUGCACCAAAAGACUGGAGCUAGGUCAUAUAUUGCCCAUCGAUACAGCCUGAGGCCUAAGUACAACAACAUGGAACCAGAUGCUGUUGAUUUCUUUGGGGAGUGCAUGACUAGUCGCCAAAGUGGUCGUACUCCUCUUGCAGAUGAAAUAUAUGAACAAAUGGUGGCAGAGAAGGAAAGAGAGCCAGAAGAAGGAGAAGCACAAAAGUCUCCCUCCACUAUUGUUGCUGAAAGUCUCAGCCACAUCAGCCAUUCAUCCACCUUUCUUCCGAACAUUGGUGUCCCUAGACUGUCGAAGACUGGCCAAGCCUCAUCGACAGCAGCACAAGCACGCCUUCAAGCUGAGUUUGAGGCAAGGCUUCAAGCUGAAAGAGAUGAAGCUGCUAGGAAGCAGGAAGAAUUGCAAGCACAGCUUCAAGCUCAGCAGGCCGCACUCCAAGAAAACCAAAGUUUGCUGCGCCAGACUCAAGAGGAAGUGAAGGGGAUGAAUACUAAGUUUGAAGAGACUAAUGCACUGCUGCGAUAUGUCCUCAAACUUCAGAAAGAUUGA